UCCUUGUUUCCAGUCGCCCAAGGAGGCAGCAGCAGCAGCAGCAGCAGCAGCGGCGGCGGCUGUUGCUUUGGGAGCAGCAGGGGAAGAAAAGGCGCAGCGCCGCUGUGGCUUAAGCGCGGUCCAGGGCGGGAGUGGCGCCGCGGGCUGGGGCUCCCUCGAGCAGUAGGCGGAGAUGCGCGACUCUUGGGGCGAGGGGCCUUGGCGAGAGCCCAGGGUUGCUUAAAGAAUGGCAUAUGUCCUAUAGGAAGAUUAAUCAGCUAUGAAUGCAAGUCAGUAAACCCCGAGGAAGUAAUAAAAGGGGUUUCCUUGUGUUACCAACUGUCCUAAUGCUAAGGGGCGUCAUCCUGCCCAUGAUGGAAGCAGAUGGCUGGGAAUGGCUGGUGUCUGCAGUUCAGCAGCUGAUAUCCUGGGGGGCAUCUGCAGCCAUGGUGUUUGGAGGUGUAGUGCCAUACAUCCCUCAAUACCGAGAUAUUAAAAGGACACAGAAUGCAGAGGGCUUUUCAUCCUACGUGUGUUUAGUAUUAUUAAUUGCAAACAUUUUAAGGAUACUCUUUUGGUUUGGGAGACAUUUUGAGUCACCCUUACUAUUGCAAAGCAUUAUAAUGAUAGUCACAAUGUUACUGAUGCUGAAACUUUGCACUGAAGUACGUGUGGCAAAUGAGUUGAAUAUAAAACGACGUUCCUUUUCAGCUGCAGAUAGUAAGGAUGAAGAAAUCAAAACAGCUCCCAGGAGAACCUUUCUGGAUUUUGACUUGAACUCUUUCUGGCACUGGAACAAGUUUGCAGAUUAUGUGCAGUGCGUUCUGGCUUUCACUGGGGUAACAGGAUACAUCACUUACCUUUCCCUUGACUCCAGUAUCUUUGUUGAAACACUGGGUUUCCUUGCUGUUUUCAUUGAAGCCAUGGUGGGUAUCCCGCAGCUCUACCGUAAUUAUCAGAAUAGGUCAACUGAAGGAAUGAGUGUAAAGAUGGUGCUGAUGUGGACCAGCGGUGACACUUUCAAGACAGUGUAUUUCCUCCUCAAUCAAGCUCCGUUCCAGUUCUCGGUGUGUGGACUUCUCCAGGUUUUUGUGGACAUGGCCAUCCUUUUGCAGGUUUACUUCUUCAGCUGCUACCCACAGAAACCCAUUCCACAUUCAACACAUCCAGCCAGUACAAAGGCACUUUAAAGCACAGGGUAGAAGCAAUUAUGAGUUGAGAUGUAGAAGAGGUUUGGAGUCAGCCUUAGCUUCAGCUCUGCUUGUACCUACUGUGUUUCUGAGGAACUAAGAAUAGAAGAAUCAAAGAUGCACACCUACAUGGACACUUCUGGCAUUUUUUCCUCAUUUCAUUGGGUUGCAUAUUCACUGAAAUGGUUUCUCCUCUUUGGGGUUCCAGUAAGGGGUUUUCUUUUAUUUUCUUCAGUCCGACUCAAUUCUCUAUAUAUCUGUGCACGGACGAAUGUGUGUAUCAGAAGGGCUGGUUGUUCUCAAUGCUAUUUUUUCAAAGGUCAGUCAUAAAAGUUGGAGUAUUUUGUCUGAAGCGUUUACCUAUUUAUAUAACAUAUGCAUUUGGUUAUGUAUUUGGAAUGUUUACAUUCCUUAAAUGAAAGUGCAGAACCGUUUUUAAAAAAAUGUGAUGGGUGACACUUGAUAAGAUUGUAGGGGUUGAUACUAGGAAGAGGUGGCUUAGUGAAUGAUGUCAAGAAAUAGAUUUUGUGCAACUGUGUUAAAUAUAUAUCUGCAGACUGCUAGGCCAGUGUGAUGUAUAAAUACAUCAAAGUAAUUAGUGAUUUUGGUACAAAUGCUACUACAGCCAAACAGAACAGACUGAUGCACAGCAAGUAUUUAGAGAGCUCAGAAAGAUGAGUAAUUUUGACCACCUUGGAGAAAUUACAAACAGAAUCUAUACAGGAUUUAUGUGUAAAAGAGGAAGAGCUUGAAAGAAAAUCAGUGUUUAGUUUAGGCAUUAUUUGCAUACUGUUCCUGUAUUUUUGUUUGGUGGAAAAGCCACUAGAGUUAUGUAACUCUUGUCUUUGCAAUGUGAGCACAAUGAAAUUCUUAAAGUUACAAUCCUAAGCUACACAGGUCAACCACAGUACUAUCGGUAGCACUGCAUUUUAAGCUGAAGAUGUUACCUGAGUAGGCUUUUCUCCAUGAAAGAUAAGGUUCACUAGACUAGGAUAAAGAAGUAAGAGCAAUAGUUGGAUAAUAGAGCAAAUCUUUUUUUAAAGAAAAUGUUUGUGUGUGAUAUUUUUCUAAAUGUUUAAUACCAAAUGUUGUCAUUUUAUGUUUGGGAGGAAGUGGGUCUAUUAAAAAAAAGGGGGGGGGGAAAUAUAAUAGUAAUUCUAAGCCCAUUGAAGUUUUGAAAGUUGCUUCAUUUUAGCAAUGCCAUAGCAGGUAACUGAGAGCACUCUGGGAUGCAAAUUUGCAAGAAGAAUAGAAAAAAUGCAGGAUCUAUAAAAUGAAUUCACCAGACUUAUAUGACUUCUAAGAUUCGAUUGGGCUACACGAAAAGUAUUGCUUGAAUUGUUUUAAAAGUUCCUUGGCUACUUGUCAAGACAAACUUGCUUUCAUAGCUAUGAGGUAUAUAUGCAUUCUGCAGUGUUUCAGGAAUCACUCUGUUCUCGUAGCCAUAAAAUGUACUGUAUAUGCUUUGCUGUAAGAUGUAUCUUAUGCGGAGGGGCAUUUUAUUCAAUGCUGAUUAAAUUGUUACUUUGAUUCCCUAAAUUCUCC